UCCACAGCAGGGAUGACUGGCAGAGUGAGGACUGCAUAGGCUGCAGUAUUACGAGAGUGUGUGUGUGUGAUUGCAUGCGGGUGCAUAUGUGUCUGGGUGUAAUGUUCCCCUGUGUGUGACUGUGCUGACUGCGACAGCCAUCCUGUCCACAGCAGAGAUUUUCUCAGCAUGUAAAUGGUGCAAGCAGCGAAGGGAAAGUUUUUAACAACUUGUCUGAGCCUCGGCUAACUCAGUCAGGGCUGCACACGCUGAUUCAGUCCAGGAGGAGAGCAGCACCAGAGCUGGAGUGUUACUUCAGCUUGUCUCAGCCCAGGAUUUGUGUGGUUGUUCAUUGAUUGCCUGACACUGGACUGGAUACGGUAUUUGUGCAUCACACGUCAGAGCUGAGGGAGCCAACAAGGUUGUCUAUUUGGAAGCUGCUGUGAUGGAUGACCAGUGCAUGUCCCACACUAGUCCUCAGCGCAGUGGAGGUCAGGCCAGCACAGAAGUUCAGAGGCAAGGACGGUCGAAUGUCAUCAGGUGUGGGUGGCUCAGGAAGCAAGGAGGUUUUGUCAAGACUUGGCACAGUCGCUGGUUUGUAUUGCGAGGGGACCAGCUCUACUAUUACAAAGACGAGGAGGAGACCAAAGCCCUGGGAGUCAUUUUCUUACCUGGAAACAAAGUCACGGAGCAUCCAACCAGUGGCGAAGAGGGGGGGAAAUUUCUUUUCGAGGUCAUUCCAGGGGGAGACAGAGAGCGGAUGACAGCCAACCAUGAGACUUAUCUUCUUAUGGCCAACACCCAGAAUGACAUGGAAGACUGGGUGAAAACAAUUCGUAGGGUCAUAUGGGCACCUUUUGGUGGAGGGAUCUUUGGUCAGAAGUUGGAGGAGACAGUACGGUAUGAACGCCGGUAUGGGAACAAGCUCGCCCCUAUGCUGGUAGAGCAAUGUGUGGAUUUCAUUCGGCAGCGGGGUCUUCGGGAGGAGGGCCUGUUCAGGCUGCCCGGACAGGCCAACCUGGUCAAAGAGCUGCAGGAUGCCUUUGACUGUGGAGAAAAACCCUCUUUUGAUAGUAACACAGAUGUGCAUACAGUAGCUUCUCUACUCAAGCUGUAUCUCAGAGAGCUGCCAGAGCCCGUCAUCCCUUUCCAUAAGUAUGAUGAGUUUCUGACCUGCACCAAGCUCCUUGGCAAAGAUGAUGAAAUGGGUAUGAAGGAGUUAAGAAGGCUUGUGGAAAGUCUACCUCCAGUGAACUACAACCUUCUCAAGUACAUCUGCAGAUUUCUAGAUGAAGUCCAGUCAUAUUCAGGAGUGAAUAAAAUGAGUGUCCAGAACUUGGCUACAGUCUUUGGGCCAAAUAUUUUGAGACCUAAGGUUGAGGACCCGGUAGCUAUUAUGGAAGGUACUGUUCUGGUCCAGCAGCUCAUGGCUGUUUUGAUUGGCCAGCAUGACGUGCUAUUUCCUCACAGUGAGGACAACCCAACAACCCUUGAGCUUGUCAACAACAACAGUAUUGAACUAACACGGCAACAAGCCACCACAACUACCUCCACCGUCACUUCAGUGUCUGAGAAUCACAUGGUCCGGCAGUGUGUUUGGGAAACACCCGAGUCUUCGAUGAAUCGCCAACAUGUAGGCAACAGUGGUUCCCCUCGAUCAGCAAGCCCUCGUAAUGGUGUUGUAGCACGCUUUGACAUCACCCGCAGUCCACCACUGACUGUUAAAAAGAACCAGACAUUCAGCAAAGGUUGCGGGAUUGUUACAAAUGGUUCAUUUAGUUCCUCACCAUCCUCAGACCCCAAUCAAGAAAGAGGCCAGACUCUGACCGGAGGUGGGACUUUACCAGUAUGGCGUAGCGGGACACUCAAAGCCUCCGGCACAAAAAUGGGGACCAGUGGUGUGACAAAUGGAAGUGGCACUGGAGGGAAUGGGACUGGAGUUGUGCGCAUGGGCAUUUCAGUUACUGAUGUGGUCACAGGCAGCCUGAGGGACCGCAGUGGUCUUUGGGUACCCAAUGGUUGUGUAACAUUAAGAGAAAACAGCAAAACAUGUGACUAUGGGGAUCAAACGACAAAUCAGAAUCGCCUAUCCACAUAUGAUAAUGUCCAUUUAAACCAUCAGAAUCUGCAGCAGCAAAACCAGAUCACCAACACAUGUCUGAACAUCGGCUGUGAGGAUAAACAGAGUGUAGACAGCGCCACCUGGUCUACCUCCUCCUGUGAAAUUUCUCUUCCUGACAACUCCACUUCCUGUCGUUCCUCCACCACUACCUGCCCUGAGCAGGACUUCUAUGGUGGUCACUAUGAAGACUUGGUUGGACCACCUCUGGAUAAUGAGCCUCCCCCAUGUGGUGAAGGAGGAGAGGGGGAGGGCAGAAACAGCAACAGAGAAGGAAGUGGAGAUGGAGCAGGGAGGAGUAGUCGGGGAACUUGCAGUAGCGACAACAGUGAUGGCUUCACUGUUGGUAAUGGGCCUGGCAGCCACAGUGCUUUGCACAGUUUGGUGGCCAGUCUUAAACAGGAGAUGCACAAGCAAAAGACUGAGUAUGAGGCCAGGAUAAAGAGCUUGGAGCAGCGUAACCUGGAACUGGAGACAGAAAUGGUGAGUCUAAACGACGAGCUGGACCAGGAGAGGAAGAAGUACACCAUGGCGGAGAUCAAGCUGCGCAACGCUGAGCGCGCCAAGGAUGAUGCCGAGCGGCGAAAUCAGAUGCUGCAGAAAGAGAUGGAACAGUUUUUUUCCACGUUUAAUGACCUCACUGCAACUGGCAACACCACAGCCACCGAACCACGCCGACGGGAUCGCAACACCACCAUCUGGAUACAAUGAAGGAAGGCAGGAAUGUGGGCUGAUAUGCCAGUGAAGACUGGAAAUGGUUGAUUAUAUGAUGUGAAUGUUACACAGACUCCAAACAGGAUUUGGUUGCUGGUUGUAGAAGGAAAGAUGGGAAGUUAUACCGCAGAGGAUAUUGGUAUGUUUUAAUUUAAGAAACAGGUGGUGUAAGGGUAAGGCAAGCCACUUGUAUAAAUGUAUACAUCACCUGGAGUGAUGUCAGUGACAUUAUGUGUAAAUACAGCAUUAUUUAAACAGUUUGGACACACUCUCCAAUGAAUUCAGAAACUGUGGUGGUAGCUGAACAUCUGACUGGGGAGUACAGGGAGAGUACUCCAUGAGCUGCGAUGAUAUACAGUACUAAUAUUAUGUUACGGAUAGGAGAGAAGGCAAAACAUUCAAAAAGGCUGUGUUCAGCAUAAAAAUACAAACUUUGGACCUGAAGCAGACCAUGCCGAAACUUCUCACUGUCUUAAUUCGUUUUUAAAAUAUAACCAAAAGUACCUUAUUGUUCCGUGUAAUACUGUUCUGCUCAUGUAAAUAGAGGGAAACAAUGCAGAAAAACACAGUAUAAUAUGUACAGAAAAAGGAAAGUAAUACUUAAAUGUUUCUCUGGUAUUUAAGUAAAGUUAUCAGUUUGUGAUAUUUUAUAUUUUUCCUUGCACUUAAUGUUUGUUUAUUCUCUCAGCAAGGUGGUACUGAAUGUUCUGUCAGUGUGUACUUUUUAAAAUUAACACUACAGUAUAUAUGCUCCUGUGUUUCUGUGCUGUUACAUUUACCCCAUGACCAAAAAGAGAGCCUGUACUGUAAUUAUUGUAUAGAUAAUCUAAACUCCUUGUUAUAUACAGAAGGAUAUGGCAUACAUGAUGAGUGGAUACUGUCCAAGGAAUCUUUUGUAGCCUGUAAAAAUAAAUGUUAAGACUCGCACGCUUAGGUCAUUGGCAUAAAACCCAGAUAAAAUUAAAAUAUUUGUUGUGAAGUCAUAAUUUCAGCUAACAAAAUGUAAUUUCUCAUGAAAAGAUGGAUUGCUGUUGUUAUUCUGUGAAUGCCCCCUACAGUUUAAAAUCUGCCUGUGAGCAUAUGACAUGCAAGUUUGUAAAAUAUUCUUCUGUAGCCUUUUGAUAAUGUGUCCAUCUGACACAACUGGCUUUCAUCCUAACCGAGCACAGAAAUGUGUUUUUGGGUUAUAACUGUGAAAAUUACAGCAUCAAAUGUGUCAACAUUGAGCACGUUAUCAUGGUUGCUAAAUUCCUUAGCAAGUGGUGUGCACAUGAUGGUGCAGAAGUCCACGAAGGUCAGUGUAAAUGAAUGUUUGUAAAAUGACUGCAUAUUGAUGAAGUCUUUAUGAGUGUAUUUAUUUAGCUUAAACCAAAUGCGUAUACACAGGUUAGAUUUACUAAUGGGUACAAAGCGGCACAUGUGAAAUUCUGUCAAAAGAACUUUAAGUGUGCACGUGUGCACAGACCUGCUGCAGGCUACUUUCCCUCUGAAAACCAAAUCCAGUUUAAACCUGCUACUAGUCACCGCACCACAUCUACAGUGUGCACGUGGAGAAAAAAGUGCCUGAACAACUGAAGAAAGGAAGAGGGGAGCCUGUGCUUCUCAUUUUGCACCCUUCAUUGACGAAAAAACAGGCUUAAGCCAAGCAGACAGUGUCACGUCAUUCUGUGAAUUCCACACAAAAGAGCAGAUUUGGGCACAGGGCAAGAGGGAGAGGAGGGCAAGGAUAGAGGGGUAUUUUCAUGACAUGAUACUUGAUACACAA